AUGACAGAUCUUGAUAAUACACAAAUUCUAUCAGCGGACGAAAGUCUUUUACAGAAUUCAUCAACCAUUGAAUUAGAAGCUUCACUAAAAAUCAUUAGUGGCACUGAUUCAAAUACGUAUCAAAUCGGAAAAGAAACAAUUAUUGGCCGUGGAAAUCCAUCCGAUUUGAUUAUUUCUGCUCCGUCACUUUCAAAACAACACGCUAAAGUUACUUUGAACAAUGGUCAAUAUUUCAUUACUGAUCUUGGCAGUAGUAAUAAAACCUUUCAUAAUAAAAUCCAACUGCAACCAAAUGUUUGUUAUGCAUUACACAAUGGAGAUGAAUUAAAAUUAGGUGAUGUUGUUUGUUUGUUUCAAGAACAAAAGCAAUCAAAUAAAAAUACACUUUCGGAAUCAACAUAUGAAACUUAUAUACCACCAGUUAAUACCUUAGUUGAAGAGGAUUCGUCGUGGUCAUCGGAAGAAGAUUCACCUCCACUGGUUAUCACAGAAUCAAAUGUUGAUGUUAUCCCAUCAACGCAAACAAUAACUGAUUCAUAUGAUGAUCAGGAACCUACACAACCAAUGAAAGUUUGGAAUGGAAAUCCUACUAAUACAAAUGGUCUUACUCGGACGAAUGUUAAAAAUUCAGAUGAUGAAGCAGUGAAACAAAAUGGUUUGAAUGAGUCUUCAUCAAAUAAAUCAUCAUCAUUUAUUCCAUCAACCUCAUCAUCAGCAUUGAAAAAUGAUAAUGAUGAUGAUGAUGACGAUAGUUUAGUUAUUGGUGCAACAACAUUACCAGCAACUGUAGCAUUAGUUAUUGAAUCAACACAAAUAGAUAAUGAUGAUCAAAUUGAAAUUCUUUCGUCGUCACGAACUGAAAAAGUUAUUGAAGAAAACAAUAAUAAGAAGGUUAUUACUGAAACAACAACAGAAAUUGAAAUAGAUAAAACUCAAGCAUAUACACUUAAACCAGCUGAUGAAGGAAAUACUGGAACAGAACAAAUUGUAUGUGAAACUCAACCAUAUGAUCUUGAAAGCGAACCAGCUGUGACAGAUAUUGUUGAAACAAAACGUGAAGAAGUUCAUCAAGUUGUUAUUGAGGGAGAUAAAUUGAUUGAAAAAAUUACGACCACAACGACAACAACAACAACAACAAUAUCAGGUAAUGAUAAUUUACCAAUGGAAACACAAGCUUAUGAUCUUGAACCGACUGAAGAAGAAACAACUACAACAAUUUUAAUUGAUGAUAAAAAUCAUGCUGUUGAAACACAAGCUUAUGAUCUACAACCAACAUAUGAAGAAACUACUACUACAACUACAGCCAUAACUGUUGUUGAAAGUGUAACUUCUGCAGCUGAAACACUAACUUAUGAUCUUCAGCCAACAAACGAAGACAAUACGAAAACAGCAGCUAAUGUUGAGAGCAAAAAUGCACCUAAUGAUCUCUCAUCAACAAAUGAGGAACCUUUAAAAAUAUCAACUACAAUUGAAAAUGAAAGUCUACCAAUGGACGAACAAAAUGAUUUAGAUACUACGACACCAGCUGUAUGUGGUGACACACAACAAUAUGAUCUUGAUGAGCAGAUUGAUGGUUCAUCACCAAGACCAGCAUCGGAAACAUGUGAAGUUGUUCCAAUGUCAAAAUUAGCUGAACAAAUUCAAAAUGCAGAAAAUGCUGUUGAUGAUACAAUGUCUAAACAACAAGUUGAAGUUAUUAUUAAUCAAAAUCUUGUUGAGGAAAAUAUGGAAGAUGAACAAAUGGAUACUAGUCAAUCAGAAUCUCUAUCAACAAUCAAGAAUGUUGAACCAACAACAGCUGUUGAACAACAAGAAUCUACUGUUACUACUAUAGAAGAUGAAAAUCUAUCUUCAGCCAAUGUAGAGGCAAUACCAACUGACGAAACAGAAGUGCAACCAGCUGCUGCGGAACACACAAAGGCAACGGGUACAUGCUCAACAACAUCUACAAUGGAAUCAGAACAAAAAGUGGUUGAAUCAAUUCCUACUUCUGAAUCUGAAGAUGUUCUAUCUUCAACUCUUGAUACUACUGAUAAACAAGAAGAAGAAGAAGCCGAUGAACCUGAAGUGGAAGAAGAAGAAAUUGAAGAACCAGGAGUUGUUUCAGGCCGUGGCCAACGUGGCAUUCCUCGACGAACUGCUCGUCGUGCGCGAGGUCGCCGCGGAGGUGCAGCCCGAGCUCGUGUUGUUAGUACACGUUUACAUGCUGGACGUCGUAAUGCAAUUUUACCACCAACCGUUGAUAAAGAAAGUAAUAAUACAACAUUAGAAGAAACAGUAAAUACUGAAACUGAAGAAUCACCAAAAAAACCGUCAGGAAUUGAAGUUGAACGAAAACAAAAUGAUACUCAGCCAAUUACUCCAGCACCAGUUGAAGAAACUGCAUCAACUAGUCAAGCGAAUGCCAAUUCAAAUGUUCGAGUUUCUGCUCGAAUUAAAGCUCGUGCAUCAAGUGGUCGAAAUCGUCAAUUUCCAUAUGCCGAUGAUUAUGUUGAUUUAGAUGAUCUCGAAAAACAAUCGAAAACUCCUACUAUACCAGCAGCAGCAGUAACCACUGCAGUUACGACUGCAGCAGCGGCAACAACAACUGCAGCAGCAGUAGCAGCAACAACUCCAACAGCAGGCCGUAAAUCAACUCGUGGUGGACGUGCUUCGUCAGCAUCACAAAAACGUAUAAGUCUUCGACAACAACCAAUCGAUGUAUCCGAGAGUCCCAACGAAAAAACUAAAAAACAAAAAGAUAAUACUGAUGUUUACGAACAAAUGGAUACCGGUGGUGAAAAUGAAGAACCUAAUUUGUCAACAAGAAGCAUUGGACGAAAGCGUAAAAGUACAACACCCGUUGCAACAACUACUGCAAAACGAACCCGUUCAAUAACACCACAAACAGCGUCACCAGUAAAUACACGUCGUAAGCAAGCUCCUGUUGUAGAACCAUCACCAUCACCUCCACCUAAUCCUGUGACACCAAAACGUGGUCGAAAAUCUACAAAAUUAAAUACACCAACUGAUCAACCAGACGAAAAACAAAGUCCACCUGAAGAUCGACCUGUCCGCAUCGCUCUCAGUAGUCAUUUAAAUUUUGAUCAAAGUCAUUUAGAUACAUUGCGUAAAUUAGGCUUUGAAAUUAUGGAUGAAUCAUGCCAUGUUGAUGCAUUAGUUGUUGAUCGUAUUAGACGUACGAAAAAGUUUUUCAUGUGCCUUGCACGUGGUGCACAUAUAUUAUCUCCAACAUGGAUUGACUCAAUGGUUAAAGAAAAUCGUUAUUUACCUUAUGAAAAAUAUUAUUUAGAAGAUACAAAUGCUGAAGCCCGUUACGGCUUUCAAUUACGUGAAAGUGUCCGUUUAGCUAAACAGCAUCCAAUAUUUGAAAAUUAUAAAAUUUUUUGUACUCAAAAUACAUCGCCACCUUAUGAUGAUUUGAAAGAUAUAAUUGAAGCAGCUGGUGGAAAAUUUGUCGACAAAAUUAAUUUCAGCAAACCAGGAAAAGAUUUAGUUUGCAUUGUUGCCCAAUUGCAUAAAAAUGAAUACGAAGAAUUAUGUAAGAAAGGUGUACCCAUUGUUAGUGAAGAAUUCGCUUUAAGUGGUAUAUCAAAACAAAAGCUUGAUUUUGAAGCAUUUUCAUUAUUUCAAAAUGUUACUUCUGGCAUCAAAUCAACUGGAAAUAAAUAG